AUGAGCUUCGACUCUAGUGAAUUCCCCUUCCUUAAUCCUGCCACAGAUCGACGUGUGGCAAUAAUCACCGGUGGGAACAGCGGCGUUGGGUUUUACACAGUACUCCAACUAUACCUUCAUGGCUACAUCGUAUACAUUGCCGGGCGAAGCAAACUGCGAUGUCAGAAAUCAAUCAAGGAACUAAAGAAGAAGGCCAUGGCUAUCCGAUCAAGCUACAGUGCCGAACAAGCGUCACUGCGCUACCGGGGCGAUUUGCACUUUCUUGAAGUUGACUUGAGUGUGUUGAACAGUGUAGUUCGGGCAGUGGAAACGUUCAAAUCCAUGGAGGAUCAUUUGCAUAUCUUAGUGAAUAACGCUGGCGCCAUGGCACUACCUUAUUCCGUCACUUGUGACAACUUCGAAAUCCUCCUUCAAACAAACUACAUUUCUCCAUUUCUACUCACGACAAAACUCCUUCCCAUGCUUGAAAAGACCGGCGACAAGUUUCCUAAAAGUGGGCCACCACGAAUUGUGUAUCUCAGUUCUGUAGGACACCAACUUGCAUUCAGCUAUUUUAAACUAAGCAACACAUUCAAUUAUAGACCCAAUUUCGUGUUUACCUGGCUCAGAUACGGCAUGGCCAAGACCGCCGGAAUCCAUUUCAUGAAGAUGCUUGCAUUGAGGAAUCCCAAGAUUUUAUGCAUGACCGUGCAUCCCGGAUUGGUCAUGAAUGCAAAUUUAUUCACUUAUUUCACAAGAUUGCCCUUGGUGGGGUUGUUAUUCUGGUGCAUGUUUCAAAUAUUUGGGUAUUUCUUUGGAGUAACCAGUGAAGAAGGCGCUAGAGCCGUGAUUAAAUGCACAUUGGAUCCACAAUUACGAGCCGAAGAUGAUAAUGGGAAGUAUUUCGGGGUUGAGGGAAAAGAAGCCGUGCCUAGUUCUGUGGCUAGGAAUAUGGAUUACGCUGCCAGGACGUGGAUCUGGACGAUUCACCAAUUGAAUGAGAGGGGGUUUAUUAUACCAACUAAUGAUUGA